ACUUUGCAUAACAAUAGCACUUGAUAAGAUAUGAAAUCUUCUUAAACCAGACAAGGCUCUUUUUUCAUUCAGACAUGACAAUGUCGAUCAGAUUCAUCUCCUUGAUGAUGAUGCUUCAUCUUGUUCUUAUGGUUCCAAUUCUCGGACAGCAACAGACAGGCUUCAUCAGUAUUGAUUGUGGAGGUCCAGAGAAUUUUGAGUAUACAGAUGAUAGCGAUCAAAUAAAGUACAGCGCAGAUGGAGCCUACAUACAAACAGGGAUCAACAAAAACAUAUCAGUUGAAUACUCAUAUCCAAACAAUCCCAAUCUACCAUUACCAAUGUCAGAUCUCAGAAGUUUUCCUCGGGGAAACAAAAAUUGUUACACCUUAAGAACUGGAAGAAGAGGAAGCUUACAUUUGAUAAGGGCCUAUUUUUUGUAUGGAAAUUAUGAUGGAAAAAACAGGCUUCCAGAAUUUGAUCUCUAUAUCGGUGUCAAUUUCUGGUCCUCUGUGACUUUCAAGAAUGCUUCAGAGCAAGUUAUACUGGAAAUUAUCAGCAUGGCAGAAUCAGAGGUGACGAAUGUUUGUCUUGUGAACAAGGGACUGGGAAUUCCUUUUAUCUCAGCAUUAGAACUAAGACCACUCAAUAGCUCUAUUUAUAAUACAGAAUUUGGAGCAUCUGCUUCACUGUUACUUUUCAAAAGAUGGGACCUUGGAGAAACUGAUGGUAGUGGUAGAUAUGAAGAUGACAUGUAUGACAGAAUUUGGCACCCAUAUGACUCAUCUUCCUGGGAUUCUGUCAGCACUUCUCAUGCUAUAAAUGGCAAUAAAAAUGGUUAUAGAGCUCCAUCUGAAGUGAUGAGAACUGCUGCCAGACCCAAGAAUUUUAGUGUUCCUUUAGAAUUCUCUUGGACACCAAAUGAUCCAAAUUUAAAAUUCUAUGUCUACUUGUAUUUUGCUGAGGUGAAACAGCUUGAGAUUAACGAACUAAGGAAAUUCAGGAUAUCCUGGAAUGGACAUUCAUUGUUUGGACCCUUGGUCCCAAGCUACUUAGUUUCAACCACAGCGUCAAAUUUGAAGCCCUUGAUGGGAAAUGAACAUCGACUUUCUCUUCAUAGAACUGAAGAUUCAACCCUUCCACCCAUCCUUAAUGCAGUUGAGAUAUUUGAAGUCAGAAUGCUGGAUGCUUUUCCAACACUUGAGAAAGAUGUAAAUGCUAUGAUGGGUAUCAAAAAUGCAUAUGGAAUUCAAAGAAACUGGCAGGGUGAUCCGUGUGAGCCAAAGAACUACACUUGGGAAGGCUUAACAUGCAACUAUAGCAGUUCACAUCCUCCACGAAUUGUAUCUCUGAAUCUGAGCUCAAGCAGUUUGACUGGGGUGAUUGCUUCUGCCAUCUGCAACCUCUUGUCACUUGAAGCAUUGGAUUUAUCGAACAACAGCUUAUCUGGAUCAAUUCCGAAGUUUCUGGUUGAAAUGAGGUCUCUUAAAAUUUUGAAUUUGAAAGGCAACCAACUAUCAGGUUUUGUCCCUACAGCUCUUCUGAAGAAAUCAAGGGCAGGAUUGCUUAAACUGAGUGUGGAUGCCCAGAAUCUUUGUGGCUCAGAUAAGUGCGAGAAGAAGCUAAAUGUAUUUGUUCCCAUAGUUGCUACUAUAUCAUCGCUUCUAGUUUUGCUGAUUGCUUUUAUUAUAAUCAGGAAAGUUAGAAGAAUUAUGCAAUCAGAUAAGGAGACUAGUAAUCCCGACAAAGAAGGAACACUUGUGGCAUCAAAGAAGUGGCAAUAUAGUUAUGCAGAUGUAUGGGGCAUCACCAGCAACUUUAAAAUUAUCAUUGGGAAGGGGGGAUUUGGGAUUGUGUACCGUGGUCAGAUGAAAGAUGGGAGCCAAGUAGCAGUAAAGAUUCUUUCUCCAUCAUCAUCUCAAGGGCCAAGGGAAUUUCAGACGGAGGCUGAGCUUUUGAUGACAGUCCAUCACAAAAAUUUGGUUGCCUUCAUUGGUUAUUGCGAUGAUGGAAGAAAAAUGGCACUCAUAUAUGAGUAUAUGGCAAAUGGAAAUCUCAAAAACUAUCUUUCAGCAAGAAAUUCACGUUGCUUGAGUUGGGGAAGGAGACUUCAGAUAGCAAUUGACGCUGCACAGGGAUUGGAGUAUUUACAUCAUGGAUGCAAGCCACCUAUAAUACAUAGAGAUGUGAAGACGGCCAAUAUUCUUCUAGGUGAAAAGUUGGAAGCUAAGAUAGCAGAUUUUGGCCUCUCCAAAGUAUUUGAGAAUGAAACUAGAGGCGUAGGAUCUUCAAUGAGUGCAAGUGAUCAAGGAAAUGCAGAGCCUACUGUUAUGGGCACCAAAGGGUACCUUGAUCCAGAAUACUACAAAUCAAGGAGGUUGAACGAGAAAAGUGACAUCUAUAGCUUUGGAAUUGUUCUGUUGGAGCUAAUUACAGGUCAAUCUGUUGUAUUAAAGGGAAAGGAAUCAGUUCACAUACUUGACUGGUUAAGACCUGAGCUUCGAAGAGGAGAUUUGAGCAAAAUUGUAGAUCCAAAGCUGCAAGGUAAAUACAAUGCAUGUUCUGUGUGGAAGGCUUUAGGAGUAGCAAUGGCAUGUACUGCACCAGCCUCUAUUCAUAGACCUACAAUGAGUUGUGUGUUAUCUGAGCUAAAAAAGUGUUUUGAAACGGAAGUGCCUAGUCAGAGUGAAACAUAUACGCUACCAGCUCAAAUUUAUGGGGACUUGCAUUGUUUGUCUGAGACAUAUUCCUUGGAUGAUGAAUCUAUCACCUAUCCUUUUCCAAGAUAGUGAAAAUAAGUGUACAUAUUAAAACCAUUCGGAUGUAUUCGGCUCAAGUGUACAAAUUCUUAACGAAAGCACAAGACGAAUAACUAUGAACUGUGAGCAACCCUUGAAGUGCCACAUUCCUGCGAGCUAAUCACACUCAUGAACUCAGUCACGGGUCACUUGUAAUUGCAAGACUUUUAUGAGCUGUAUCAUUCAAUCAAUAACUCAUCCAUGACUAAUAGGUUGAUUAAAUUAAGCAGGUGAAACUGCAACACAGGUUUUGGACUU